UACCUGAUGGUGAACUCCUCGCAGCACGCCCCGGGCCAGAAAGCUCACCUGCUUUUCCAAGCGUUGAGCGAGAAUGACACCCACUGCCUCCAGUUCAGCUACUUCAUGUACAGCCGGGACGGGCACAGCCCUGGCACCCUCAGUGCCUACGUGCGGGUGACGGGGGGCCCGGUGGGCAGCGCCGUCUGGAACGCCUCCGGCUCCCAUGGCCGCCAGUGGCACCAGGCGGAGUUGGCCGUCAGCUUGUUCUGGCCCAACGAGUACCAGGUCCUCUUCGAGGCGGUGGUCUCCAGCGAGCGCAGGGGUUAUCUUGGCUUGGAUGACAUUUUGCUCUUGAAUUAUCCGUGCUCGAAAGCUCCUCAUUUCUCCCGCCUGGGGGACGUGGAGGUCAACGCGGGGCAGAAUGCCACCUUCCAGUGCGUGGCUGCUGGCAAGGCCGCCGAGGCCGAGAGGUUCCUCAUGCAGAGGCAGAGUGGUGAGGUGGUCCCUGCGGCCUCCGUGAAGCACAUCAGCCACCGGCGCUUCCUGGCCACCUUCCAGCUGGACGAGGUGACCAAGGAGGAGCAGGACCUCUACCGCUGCGUCACCCAGUCCAGCCGUGGCUCGGGCGUCUCCAACUUCGCCGAGCUCAUCGUGAAAGAGCCCCCCACACCCAUCGCACCCCCCCAGCUGCUCCGGGCAGGCUCCACCUACCUCAUCAUCCAACUCAACACCAACUCCAUCAUCGGCGACGGCCCCAUCGUGCGCAAGGAGAUCGAGUACCGCAUGACCUCGGGGCCCUGGUCGGAGGUCCACGCCGUCAACAUGCAGACCUACAAGCUCUGGCACCUGGAUCCUGACACGGAAUAUGAGAUCAGUGUCCUGCUCACCCGGCCCGGCGAGGGGGGCACCGGCAAACCGGGGCCACCCCUCAUCAGCCGCACCAAGUGCGCAGAGCCCAUGCGGGCCCCCAAAGGCUUGGCUUUCUCCGAAAUCCAGUCCAGGCAGCUGACCUUGCAGUGGGAGCCCUUGGGUUACAACCUGACCCGCUGUCACACCUACACCGUCUCGCUCUGCUACCGCUAUUUCGUGGGCACCGGCCACAACCAAACCUUCCGAGAGUGCGUCAAGAUGGAGCGCAACGCCAACCGCUACACCAUCAAGAACCUCCUGCCCUACAAGAACAUCCACGUCAAGCUCAUCCUCUCCAACCCCGAGGGUCGCAAGGAGGGCAAGGAGGUGAUAUUCCAGACGGAUGAGGAUGUGCCCGGCGGCAUCGCCUCGGAGUCCCUCACCUUCACCCCGCUGGAGGACAUGAUAUUUCUGAAGUGGGAGGAACCAGUGGAGCCCAAUGGGCUCAUCACGCAGUACGAGAUCAGCUACCAGAGCAUCGAGUCCUCCGACCCGGCCGUCAACGUGCCCGGCCCGCGACGCACCGUCUCCAAACUACGCAACGAGACCUACCACGUCUUCUCCAACCUCCACCCCGGCACCACCUACCUCUUCUCGGUGCGGGCCCGCACCGGCAAGGGCUUUGGCCAGACGGCGCUCACCGAGAUCACCACCAACAUCUCCGCUCCCACCUUCGACUAUGGGGACAUGCCAUCACCACUGAGUGAGUCGGAGAGCACCAUCACGGUGCUGCUGCGGCCGGCGCAGGGCAGAGGGGCUCCCAUCAGCACCUACCAGGUCAUUGUAGAAGAAGACCGGCCCAAGAAGCUCAAGCGGGAGCUGGGUGGGCAGGAGUGCUUCCCAGUGCCGCUCACCUUCGAUGACGCCGUGUCCCGGGGCUCCGUGCACUAUUUUGGGGCUGAGCUGCCCGCCAGCAGCCUCACCGAAGCCAAACCCUUCACCGUGGGGGACAACCAGACCUACAGCGGCUACUGGAACCCACCACUGGAGCCCAAGAAGGCGUAUCUCAUCUACUUCCAAGCCAUGAGCAACCUCAAAGGGGAAACCCGGCUGAACUGCGUCCGGAUCGCCCGAAAAGCCGCCUGCAAGGAGAGCAAACGUCCCCUGGAGGUGUCGCAGCACUCGGAGGAGAUGGGCCUGAUCCUGGGCAUCUGUGCCGGAGGGCUCAUCGUCCUGAUUAUCCUCCUGGGAGCCAUCAUCGUCGUCAUUCGGAAAGGGAGGAACUACUAUUCUUAUUCCUAUUACCCAAAACCUGUCAACAUGACCAAAGCCACCAUUAACUACCGCCACGAGAAGACGCACAUGAUGAGUGCCAUCGACAGGAGCUUCACCGACCAGAGCACGCUGCAGGAGGACGAGCGCCUGGGGCUCUCCUUCAUGGACACCCACAACUACAGCAACCGGGGUGACCAGCGCAGCAGCGUGGUCAACGAGUCCAGCAGCCUCCUGGGGGGUUCUCCCCGCCGCCAGUGCGGCCGCAAAGGGUCCCCAUAUCACACCGGGCAGCUCCAUCCCGCCGUCCGGGUGGCAGAUCUCCUCCAGCAUAUCAACCAGAUGAAGACAGCAGAAGGCUAUGGCUUCAAGCAGGAGUACGAGAGCUUCUUUGAAGGCUGGGAUGCUUCGAAGAAGAAAGACAAGACCAAAGGGAGACAGGAUCAUGUCUCGACAUAUGACCGCCACCGGGUGAAGCUGCACCCACUGCUGGGCGAUCCCAACUCAGACUACAUCAACGCCAACUACAUUGAUGGCUACCACAGGUCCAACCACUUCAUAGCCACUCAAGGGCCCAAGCAGGAGAUGGUCUAUGACUUCUGGCGCAUGGUGUGGCAGGAGCACUGUUCCAGCAUCGUGAUGAUAACCAAACUGGUGGAGGUGGGCCGGGUGAAAUGCUCCAAAUACUGGCCUGAUGACUCCGAGAUGUAUGGGGACAUCAAGAUCACCCUGGUGAAGUCGGAGACACUGGCUGAGUACGCCGUCCGCACCUUCGCUCUGGAGAGGAGGGGCUACUCGGCUCGGCACGAGGUGAAGCAGUUCCACUUCACAUCGUGGCCUGAGCACGGUGUCCCCUACCACGCCACGGGGCUGCUGGCCUUCAUCCGCAGGGUGAAGGCGUCCACGCCGCCCGACGCUGGCCCCAUCGUCAUCCACUGCAGUGCUGGCACGGGGAGAACCGGCUGCUACAUCGUCCUGGACGUUAUGUUGGACAUGGCCGAGUGCGAGGGCGUCGUGGACAUCUACAACUGCGUGAAGACCUUGUGCUCACGGAGGAUCAACAUGAUACAAACAGAGGAGCAGUACGUCUUCAUCCACGAUGCCAUCCUGGAAGCCUGCCUGUGCGGGGAGACCAGCAUCCCCGCCAACGAGUUCAAGCCCACCUACAAGGAGAUGGUGAGGAUAGAGCCACAGAGCAACUCCUCGCAGCUGCGGGAAGAGUUUCAGACCCUGAAUUCGGUGACUCCCCACCUGGAUGUGGAGGAGUGCAGCAUCGCCCUCCUGCCCCGCAACCGGGAGAGGAACCGCAGCAUGGACGUCCUGCCGCCCGACCGAUGCCUUCCCUUCCUCAUCUCCGUGGACGGAGACAGCAACAACUACAUCAACGCGGCCUUAACUGAUAGCUACACCAAGAGCGCUGCCUUCAUCGUCACCCUGCACCCGCUGCAGAACACCACCACCGACUUCUGGCGGUUGGUGUAUGACUAUGGCUGCACCUCCAUCGUCAUGCUCAACCAGCUCAACCAGUCCAACUCCGCCUGGCCCUGUUUGCAGUACUGGCCCGAGCCGGGGCUCCAGCAUUACGGCCCCAUGGAGGUGGAGUACGUUUCCGGAGCGGCUGAUGAGGACAUCGUGUCCCGUCUCUUCCGAGUCCAGAACAUCACACGGUUGCAGGAGGGACACCUGAUGGUCCGGCAUUUCCAGUACCUGCGGUGGUCACCAUAUCGAGACACCCCGGACUCCAAGAAAUCCUUCCUGCACCUCUUGGCCCAAGUGGAGAGGUGGCAGAAGGAGAGUGGCGAUGGCAGGACGGUGGUGCACUGCCUGAAUGGAGGUGGCCGGAGCGGCACCUUCUGUGCCUCCACCAUGAUCCUGGAGAUGAUCAAGUGUCACAACAUGGCAGAUGUUUUCUAUGCUGCAAAGACCCUCCGCAACUACAAGCCAAAUAUGGUAGAGACCUUGGAGCAGUAUCAUUUUUGCUAUGACAUAGCACUGGAAUAUCUGGAGUCCCUGGAGACCAGAUAGCACCUCGCCAGCAGCGCGGCAGCAAGGGCUUGCCCGGGGGUCGUGCCAACCGUGCGUUUCGCACUCGGACGUUGCGUUAGUGCUGAAGGUGAGGAGGGGAAACAGCCAAGGACCUGACGAGACAACCCAUCCGAUCGAGAAAAAACGAAGGGACGUGGGGACGUGUGGGCCGCUCCCCGUCUUCACCCUCCGCUCUCCAUCUUUCCUUCCUGCCCCGAGCGUGUCCGAGCGGCCGUAGGUCGGAUGCCACGACUUGUCCUGUCCCGUCCCUGCAUCGCUUUGAGUCACGGUCGUGGGGUGGGUGUGAGGAGGAUGUGGCCCCGCGGCGCUGCCUGGGCAUCUCUGAAGCAGCUGGAGAGGAGGCCAGAGAGAGGAGGAGGAGGACAGAAGGAGCCGAGGCCGUUUCCCAGCAGGGAAGGAUGGAUAUUUGGAGAAGAAACGUUGCUUUCUGAAUUGUGUGUGGAAUCGAAGCUGCUCUUCUGAGGAGCCCAGAUGGCUGCCGGCGCAGGUUUCGUCCUUGGUGGGGACAUGCUCUGAGCUGGAGCAAAGACCCUGAGAGAAGCUCUUGAGUUUCUGCUCGUUCGCACCAUGAGUUUGAUCUUCGUUUUUUUCAGUUCUGUGAGUUGCGACCUUUUUGUGUAUCCAGCCCUGGACAAGGCGGGGACAUGGGACAAUGGUGGGACAUGGAAGGCACUGGGCAUGCGAUGUCCAUCUGCAGGGACCAACCUGGAUCCCUCCUGACGCCUUUGCAAAGCUUUCCAAGCGAUGGUUCCCCUGCUUCUCCGCACUGUCUUCUCCAUCUGUAGCACUUAAUUCCUCCUGGGCUGACCCAAAGGCAACAGCCCCUGGGUCCGUUUUUAACCCUUCCCUUGUGAAUCACUGCACAUGAGACACCAGAAACAAAAUCCUCCAAAAUUUGGGUCCAUCCCAUUUGCCUCCUGGAUGCUGCUCCCAGCCAGUUGCCCAUUGAUGCUGCUUGGCUUUUGCUGGGCUUGGCAAAGCAGGACGGUGGGUUUUGGUGAUGGUGUUGGCGUGGGGUGGGCUGUACUGAAGCCCUGAGCCGUGGCAACACUUCAGGGCUGGGCAUGAGGAGUUCUCCAUGGCCCUGGUACCACCCAGGGACAAGCGUAUAGGGAUGGUGAUUGAGGGUGCCUGAUAGUUUUGGCUUCUUCCUGCUCUGAUUGGGUUUGAGAUGUCACUUUUUCUGUCCAGUAUUGUGAUAAUUACAGGGGUUUCUGCUUUCAGGGGAGAGCCUGGUUGUAAUCAAGCUGUGGUCAGGGUUUUCUCUCCCUCCAGUUGGCCUCGAGGAGAUGCAACCAGAGGGAUGCAGGUCUGGGCUCUGCCUUGGAGACUCAAGGAACCAAGGAGAGGUGGCUUCUGUCUUGAGGGCCAGGCAGAACCCUUCACAGUCAUUUUUUUCGGGGAGGGAGC